AUGACGGACGAUAUCGAUGCCGAGCUUGCGGGCAUCGGAAAGGAGAUGGAUAAGGACGCUGAGAUUGAGCGCAUCCGCAGCGUCUUCAGCCUUGACGCCUACGCUGUCCUCGACCUCCAGCCCGGUGUCCCCGAAUCCGAUAUCAAGAAAGUCUACCGUGCCAAGUCACUCCUCAUCCAUCCUGACAAGACCAAGAACGAGCUUGCCCCCGAUGCCUUUGACCGCCUCAAGAAAGCCCAGACUGUCCUACUCGAUGAGAAACUGCGGGCCGAGCUAGACGAGAACAUUGCCGAUGCGCGUAUGCUGCUCAUGCGCGAAAAGAAGCUCACGGCCGACGACGAGGAGACGCGUGGCGAGGAGUUUGCCAAAGAGUGGAGGCAGAAGGUCAUUUGGGUGAUUAGGGACAACGAGAUGCGGAAGCAGCGGCAAAUGAAGGCCGCCAUGCGCGAAGAGGGUAGGGCACAAAAGAAGGAAGAAGAGGAGAUGAAGGAGCGCAAGAGGAAGAGGGAGCAGGAUGAGGCCUGGGAGAAGACGAGGGAUACCAGGAUCAACAGUUGGAGGGACUUUCAGCAGGGGAAGAAGCCCGAAGCUGCUGAUGGUACCAAAAAGAAGAAGAAGAAGGUCAAGGCUCUGGGUUGA